AUGUCAAGCGCUACUACUAUGCAGGCAUUGAACUAUCUGGGGCCGUACAAGGUCCGGGUUGAGGAGGUGGAGAAGCCGAAGUUGGAACAUCCGGAUGACAUUAUUGUCAAGGUUACCACGGCUGCCAUCUGCGGAUCGGACUUGCACAUGUAUGAAGGUCGCACGGCUGCGGAGCCCGGAAUCACAUUCGGUCAUGAGAAUAUGGGAAUUGUCGAGGAGCUCGGAGAGGGUGUCACAUUGUUGAAGAAGGGUGACCGCGUCGUCAUGCCCUUCAAUGUGGCAGACGGCAGGUGUCGCAACUGCGAGGAAGGAAAAACCGCCUUCUGCACUGGUGUCAACCCAGGCUUCGCGGGUGGCGCGUACGGAUAUGUCGCCAUGGGACCCUACCGCGGUGGCCAGGCGCAGUAUAUUCGCAUCCCCUACGCCGACUUCAAUGCGCUGAAGCUCCCCCGGGCAAAGAGCACGAGUCUGAUUUCAUUCUUCUGGCUGGUAAGUUGCAGCUCUCACUCGUCUACCCAAGAGUACAUUCUAACACACCGCAGACAUUUUCCCCACCGGUACGAAGACUCCUUGAGCCCCCUGAUAGGACAACCACUCACAAACACAGGCUGGCACGGUGUCGAAAUUUCUGGCUUCCAAUCCGGCGAAAGCAUCGCAGUCUUCGGCGCCGGCCCCGUAGGCCUCAUGGCCGCGUACUCGGCCGCUCUGCGCGGCGGCUCGAACAUCUACGUCGUUGACCGUGUGCCCGAGCGAUUGGAGGCCGCAAAGAAGAUUGGCUGUAUCCCAAUCGAUUUCACCAAGGGCGAUGCGGUGGACCAGAUCAUCGCGCAUAAUGGCGACAUGGUAGAUCGCUCUGUUGACGCUGUCGGAUACCAGGCUGUUGACCCAAAUGGCUCGUCUGAGAAACCGAAUAUUGUUCUGGAGAAUAUGAUUCGGGUUACUCGUGCUUGUGGUGGCAUGGGUAUUCCUGGCCUUUACGUGCCUAGUGACCCCGGUGCGUCGGACGCUGCUUCUGCGAACGGAAUGAUUAGCUUGAGCUUCGGAAAGCUUUUUGAGAAGGGCCUGUCCCUCGGAACCGGCCAGUGCAACGUCAAGGCCUAUAACCGAUACCUCCGAGACAUGAUCAUCGCCGGCAAGGCGAAGCCUAGCUUUGUUAUCUCACACGAAAUUGCCCUUGCGGAUGCGGAAACGGCCUAUGACAAGUUUGACAAGCGCGAGGAUGGGUAUACAAAAGUGAUCAUUCACCCUAAUGGCGGUUUCUAA